AUGUCGUCCUCGACCUCAGACAGACGGUUGAGUGAGCUGUGGAACUGCGUUACGCUCGACGAGGCAAGCUCACUUAUAAACUCCACAAGCAGCCCCUUCUCACUUCAGAACUUUGUUGGAGGCCAAUACAUUGCUCCUCAUGACUCCUUGACCAGCUCCUCGCAACACAUCACCUCGUUCGAGCCAAAGACUGGUCGUCCCAUCUACACGCUUCCGUGUACUCAACCCCAUGCCGUUGAGGCGGCCAUCAAAGCCGCCAAGGCGGCUUUUCCAUCAUGGAGCAAAACAGCCCGUGCAGAGAGAUCGGCCAUUCUCUGGAAAGUGAGCGAACUGCUCCAGCAAAACAGAGAAGUCUUUGCGAUCUGGGAAAGCAUCGACCAGGGAAAGACACUGGAUAGAGCUAGGGUAGAGGUUGAUAGGGCCAUAUCCAACUUCUCAUAUUUUUCGACCUUUAUCCUCCACGAGCAAACAGCCGCGCGGAUGGUGGAUGGAGUUGCUCUUACCUAUGAACAUCGCUCACCAGCCGGCGUAUUUGCCCUGAUCUCACCAUGGAACAUGCCGUUGUAUCUGCUCACCUGGAAGAUUGCACCUUGUCUCGCCUUUGGGUGUACGGCUGUUGCGAAGCCAAGCGAGGUGACGAGCAUGACGGCCUUCUUGCUGGGUGAUAUCUUCCAAAAAGCCGGAGUCCCACCUGGAGUCAUCAAUAUCAUCUUUGGCGACGGAGCAACAACCGGUGCCGCCCUGGUGGCAUCGCCGUUGAUCAACGGCGUAUCAUUCACUGGAGGCACUCAGACCGGCAUUGCUAUCCGCCGCCUUACUGCGCAUCAGAUAGGGAAGCAUCUUUCCCUCGAGCUGGGCGGCAAGAACCCGACUUUGGUCUUUGCAGACUCGAUGGUGCCUUCAGUGCGCGAACGUACCAUCCGGGUUGCUGCCAUGGCUGCCUUUGAGAACCAGGGAGAAAUUUGCCUCUGUGGCUCGCGGAUUUAUGUUGAAAAGUCUGUUUACAACGACUUUGUCCGCGACUUUACGGCUUAUGUCAGGGAGAAAUACGUGCUGAAGCAGACUGUCGGGGCGGUUGCCAGCUUGCAGCAUUGCGACAAGAUCAGGGGAUAUCUCGAGUUGGCUGCGGAACAAAAGGCGACAUUUCAUCUUGGGGGUGCUCCGCCAACUUUGAACGAGGAUGAGGCCCAGGGAUACUGGAUCGAACCGACUAUCUUGACGGAUGUGGCCAAGAAUUCGGCGAUUCAGAUUGAUGAGAUAUUCGGCCCCGUGGUGACCAUUACUCCUUUUGACAAUGAACAGGAGGCAAUCCAGCUUGCGAAUGAUAGCGAAUAUGGACUGGCAGCCAUUCUACUAACGACUGACGGAGCAAGGAUGAGACGUGUGGGAGAGCAGCUCGAAGCUGGUUUGGUCUGGGUCAACUGCUGGUUGGUCCGAGAGCUUGGAACUCCUUUCGGCGGAAUGAAGAACAGCGGAACAGGAAGAGAAGGAGGCGAGCAUUCCAGAGACGUGUUCACCGUUGUGAGAACACUGCAUCUGCCCGCCUACUAG